GCUCCAAGUACUGAGAGGCCGCGCCGUGCGACGCUGAGGGGAAAUCGCCUGAGGUAAACGGCGCGCGGGGCUGUACAUACAGGCAGAUGGAGUUCUUCGAGCCGGUUGGCAACGAUGGAAAGUGACAUCCAAAAACGGAGGAUCCAACUAACUGGAUUUAAGAACCAAGAAAAAAAGGGCCUAAUCAAAUUGCUUCAGACACUAAAAUGUGUUUUUUUUAACACUACGGAAUACAGAGAUUGCACUCACCUCAUAGCAAAGAGACCUUGCAAGAGUGAAAAGUUCUUAGCAGCAUGCGCAGCAGGAAAGUGGAUACUAACCAAGGACUACAUAAUUAAUAGUGCCGAAAGUGGCAGAUGGCUUGAUGAAACAACUUACGAAUGGGGAUAUAAAAUCGAAAAAGUCUCCCAUUAUUCACCUCAAAUGCAAUCUGCACCUAAAAGAUGGCGCGAAGAGCUGAUACGCUCUGGUGCUGCAGGGGCCUUUCACAGAUGGAAAGUUGUCCUCCUUGUUAUGAAUGGUGAUAAACUAGAGGAUUCUUUGAGAAGAGUUCUAGAAGCAGGAAAAGCCACAGUCCAUGCAGCAUUAAGUGCACCAAAGGACAUUACUCAUGUGUUAACCAAUAACCCAGCAUUAGAUCAAGAAAGAGAGAAGCAUCUCAUUGGUGUUCCAUACUGUCCAGUUGGCUAUUUAGAAAUUUAUCUCUUAGAGAAGGAAAUUAAAAGCGAUGCUGAAAAAUACCAGGAGAACCAUCUUAAACCCAAACAGUCAAGAGAGGUGAUGACUGGCAGGCAUCUUGCUGAAAUGAAAAAUGAACUUAUAAAGCAUAUAUAUUCUGAACAGGCUAUGCUAAGAAAAUAUACUCAAAUAGACCAAAUGACUGAGUGCAGAAACGUGGUAAAAAAUACUCGCUGUUCUGGAGGAACCAACAAUAUACUUGAACUAGUAGAUGACCACUUAUUUCCUAUAGCAAUCUCAGAAUUUUUAUCUGGAAAAGAUCUGAUUCCUCCUGCUAAACUUGUUCACUCUCUUUUAGAGCACAUACUUCAGGGAAAUUCAGACCCUGCACUUCCUGUUCAGUUCUUUCAUAUCAUGUAUUCUCUUCUUCAACACGAUCCUCCUUGGAAAUCACCUUCUAUGUUAACAUACUACCUGGAAGUUCUUCAAUGUCCCGUUUGCAUGAGGGGAACAUGGCCUCUGUUAGAGAUGCUUGUGAGGUCUUGCCUUUACUGCAGUAAUAUUUGUCAUUCAGUCCCUGUUACAGAAACCACAGAUGAGGCAAGAAUGUUUCGCAAAACACUGUUAAUGUUUCUUAUGAAUGUGUUCCAAGAUGAAGUAAUAGCAUUAACAAGAAGUUUGUGUGAAGAAGAUUCACAGCAAGCACAAGUGAUGCCACAAACUGUUCUUCUGGAAACAUUCUGGUUAGGAAGUGAAUCGGUGCUUUUCACAAAACGUAUAAAUAUUCUAGUGGACUGGGUCAUAAAUUCCUAUAGAGAGAAGUACAAGACAGAUGAUAUCAUCAAGCAUGAAGUAGCUGACCUGUUGAACAGAAUUCUGGGAGUUGUGGUCGAAUACUGGAUUCUUUCAGGGUUCCUAAUAGACAAAAAUAUGUUACAUCCUGUAGCUGCUGAUCUUGCAUCUUAUAUUGCCAUUUCAUGUAAUGAUUUUUCACCACAGGAAUUAAAAACGUUCAUUUCUUCUAUAACAUCUCUGUGGCUUGAAAUGUUUGUUGCAGAAGCAGUUUUUAAAAACUUGCCAUUCCAAACCAAUGCUGUUGUUUCUACUGAAUUGCUGUCUCUCCAAAAAAUGGUUUGUUCCUAUCUGCCUGCUUUACAAGUUGGGUUGUGUGAGCCAAGGAUACACAAAGCAAAGAAAAGGAAAAUAGGGCAAUGGCCUUGCCCUAAGUCUCAAAGGGCAUUACUGAUGCUAAAUGGUGAUAAGCAGAACCAAGCCGAAGUGCUGCCUGAUGUACCUAUACAAGGCACUGGUAACUCUGCUUGUGUUCAAAAGAAAUUGGGAAACAAAGCUGAAGUUGAGAUGAUGCGCAGCAAAGAUAAUCAUCAUUUUUCAGGGAAGGAGGGGACUGUUAACAAGGUUAACGUUAAACGAGAGACUGCCCUGCAUACUGCUUGCAAAAGGAACAAUGUGGAGAGAUUGAUUCAUCUUCUCUCUCUUCCAGGAAUAGAUAUUAACGUUAAAGACUAUGCUGGCUGGACGCCUUUGCAUGAAGCUUGUAACCAUGGAAACACUCUGUGUGUCCGUGAAAUUUUGCAACAUUGUCCAGAGGUAAACCUGUUCAGCCAAGUGGAUGGGGUGACUCCCUUGCAUGAUGCCCUGAGAAAUGGACAUGUAGAAAUUGCCAAGCUUCUACUUCAGCACGGGGGACCAGUAUUGCUACAGCAGAAAGAUUCUGAGGGGAACCUGCCACUGGAUAUCAUAAAGUGUGAAACAACUAAGCAGCAACUUUUGCAUCUUGUUAAUCCAGAAGAGAAAGUUGAGGAAUUCCAUGCACAAGUGGAAAGCAAUUUUCAUAAAACACAGACAGAAUUUUGGACGGUCUUAUAUUGCAAGAUGUUGUUAAACUUUUGUUCAGUAUAUAAGCUGUUUAAGCCUUUUUCUGUAGCCUUUAAAAAGCUAGCCUGCUCCAAACCGUUGCUGAUGACAGCUGAUUGUUGCAAGUUUAAUGCUAGCUCUAGCCAUUGGUUCCUAGAUCUUUAUUUUAGAGAGCUUGAAACCUUUCGACAUCUCCCAGUGUAUCUUCAGAAGAUGAUUGAGGAGCUUAAAAAGGGCACAGGCGAACAGCAGCAAGCUUUUGCAGCAACACUACAGCAAAUUUCAGUGGAAAUCCAAAUGUCUAACUGUUAUUUGGCCAACUAGCUUCCAAACUAGGACUGCUUGCCAAAAGCUGAUAGUCUUAACACUGGGGUAGCUAAUGUGUCCUUGGACUCCAGCUCCCAUCAGCUCCAUCCAGCAUGACCAAUGAUAAGAGAUGAUGGGAGUUGUUGUCUUGGCAGCAUCUGGUACCUCAUUGAUCCUGGUCUAACAUGUUUAUCAUCUUCAACAUAUAAGCAUAAUACCCUUGCCUGGUUGACCUACUGAUCCCCACAAGGGAACUAAGACUGUAUUUGCCUGAUUUAGCCGUAACACAAAACUGGCUUCCUACUACAAUGCGAACAAGCUGUACAGAAUAUCAGGUUUGCACACUUUCCUUUCCCAGGACAGAAAACCAGAAUCGUCUGUUCCCAGUUUUGCACUAACCACAUUUUCCCUUAUACUGUUUGAACACGGGAAACUUACUUGAUCCUAUCUUGUUCCCACUAAUUAAUUAAGCAAACUGUUUUCUCAGAUGCUGGCUUGUCCUCACCAGCUAGUUUGUAAACAAACUACUCUCCAGGCUCAGUCGUCAUAGGAAACUAAAAGUGGAUGCUUCUUACUUGGGCACUACAGCACAUUCCCAUACUGGGAAACUGGUUUCCACCAGCUGUGAAACAGCCCAUAGUCUCUUAAAAUGGGGGGGGGGGUGAGCUCCAGCAACGAUUGUGGCACCAACUCAGGGGAUCCUUUUACUCCAUCCUAUCAAGCGACACUUCAUUUUGUUGGCUACCUCAUUUUGCUGUCUGCAUUCACUAAUCCUGUAUAAUAUUUUUGUUAAUAAAAUUGUUUUUGUAAUGUGA